AUGACUACAUUUGUCCCUGCUGGCAAUCACAAUACUAUCAAUCUCCUGCAACAAAAGCAGGUCUUCAUCACUGUAUCUGCCAUCAUACUGUGUGCACAAAUAUAUGUCAUGCAGGUCACUCAAGAAAAUCUAGCUGAUCUCAACACUGGAUCAAAGGAGAAGGCCCAGUGGAACGAUGCAGAGAUCAUUGCCCUCCUUGAUUAUCUUAUCACAAACAAAUCGAAGAUGGCAGCGACAUCCUUCAAGAUCGACACUUUUAACAAAGCGGCCACUGCUAUUGAGGCCCAGAACAUCAGGACACAGGGCAUUAUGAAGACUGGAGCACACUGUAGAAACAAGUAUACGUCGCUCAAGGCCGCAUUCAACCAGAUAAACAAAUACCGCAACAAAUCUGGGAUUCACUGGGAUCCUGAGAUUGGUGCCAACAUUCAAGGGCGUGCCGCUGAAGAUGCUUGGUCCGCUUAUCUUACCAACCCAGCCAAUGCAGGGAUGAAGCAAUUCAAAAACGGAUGGAGAUUUUACGCUAAGAUGGAACAACUUCUGUCAAGAGUCAGCGCUGCGCAUGGGGCAGCAGCAUAUAAUCCAUCAGCUGAUGCUGUUGCCACCACCACCACUGCUGACAUGGGCUUGGUGGCAGGUCCCUCUACUAGUAACACUCCGGGUGGGGUUGAGAUUGCCCAUGAGCCCAUCACUCCGAGUCCAGUAGUCAUAGGACCUCCUCUCACGUCAGCAUCCAGUUCAGGAAAGCGCUCCCACACGGACAUGUUAUUUGAUCGCUCUGCUCCCCUUUCUACCACCUCCACUAGCGUGUCGCAUGUGUCGAGCGCAUUGUCGGACAAGAAACUCAAGCUUUCAACCCAGGGCAGUGGCAAGUCGCGUGCGAGCUCCAGCAAGAGGGCCGUAAAGGAGGCCGCCAGCACCGCUGCUGUAAUGAAUCUCCAAGGCACCAUCAGCCGCCUCGCAGACACUCUUAACUUGGCAUUUGGGUCCACGGAUGAGAGUCGGCUGGCAGAUGACAGAUCACGUGCGUUGCAGGCAAUACAAGAGGAGGAGACUUUGACGGGUGAGAACAAGCUCGUUCUUGUGCAUGCAUUCAUGAGGAGUCCGGUGAUCUGCUCUACAUACAUCCAGAUCAUGGAAGUUGAUUUACGUGCGACCUUUUUGAGAAGCAUCAUCGAUCAGAUGAAACAAACUCUCAAUUUGUAG